AUGGCGGCACCGGCGGCGAGGAGCGUGGGCGUGGCGGAGCGGGCGCUGCGCGGGGUGGCGGACCUCAUCAAGCUGCUGCCGAGCGGCACGGUGUUCAUGUUCCAGUUCCUCAGCCCGCUGGUCACCAACAACGGCCACUGCGCCGCGACGCUGGCGCUGCUGGACAGGGACACCGUGUCCUGCCUCUACCCGGCGUUGGAGGCCGGCGAGAGGACCAUGAUGGCCGUGCUGCCGCCGGUCGUCGGCGGCGUCGCCAGCUACGCCUUCAUGAUGUUCCCCAACAACCGCCACGGCAUCGGCUACCAGCCCACGCGCGCCACCGAGGACUUCGAGCACAAGCACUAG